AAACUUGUGCUUCCCCCCACCUCGCUCACUCCAACAGCCUUUUCCACUUCUAAAACCUUUAGCUUUUCUCAGAGAUGGCGCAGGGAAGGGGCAGUGCAAGUCAAGCGACCAUGUCCGUAAUUGCAUUGCUAUUGUGCUUAAUGGUUUGCCUGGAAACCAUUGAUGCAGCUACUUACACUGUCGGUGGCUCUAAUGGUUGGACUUUUAACACGGCUACUUGGCCAAAAGGGAAGCGGUUCAGGGCCGGCGACGUGCUAGUGUUCAACUACGAUGCGACUAUCCACAAUGUGGUAGCAGUGAACAGACGAGGGUACACUAGUUGUACCACACCUGCAGGUGCAAAAGUGUACAACUCAGGGAAAGAUAAGAUAAAACUGGCCAAGGGACUCAACUUCUUUAUGUGCAGCACUGCUGGUCACUGUGAGUCUGGAAUGAAGAUUGCAAUAAAUGCAGUGUGACACAGAUUAUUGCCUUCUCUUCUAAAUAAUAGGUUGAAUGUGCUACUACAUUGUCGUCUUUGGUUUUAACUAAGGAGAAUGUUAUUCCAACUUUUUUAUUUUAUUUUAAAUAUUUAUGUUUAACAUCCGUGUUCUACUUAUAUUGGAAUAAGAGUAAAUAUAGAUUAUGAUACUUCAAUCAUAGUUCAACAAAAA